AUGAACUUGUAAACUAAAAGAUAAGACAUAAAGCAAUAAAAGGUUUACAAAUGGGAUUCAAUCGAAAGAAAACUCAUGAAGAUUAAUAUUCAAAUAGCUAUAAAGAAUGAUAAUUUAAUUUACUCAUAUUUAGGAAGAAACUUGAAAAAGUAAAAUUGAAAUUUAUUUAUUUUAUAGAGAAUAUCUUCAGGACUAUGAAACUUAACCUGUUCUAUAUUAAAAUAUGGAAUAGAUUAAAUAUUUUAAUUGGUAAGGUGAAUAUGGACCUAACAAGAAAAAAAUAGGUAAAUGGAAGGCGAUUUUGAAUGGAGAAGCCAUUUUAGUAGGUGGGUUUAGUAAAUUUUAAAAAAGAUAUUAUACUACAUAAAUGGAUUUAAGUUAGGUUUAUGGAAACAGCCUAUAAAAAAUUACUUGA